AUGGUCCCCUCACCGCCGCAGCACACGGAAACCCUGCUGUCACCCGCGGCCACCUCCGAGGCGCGGACACACGUCCUAGCUGGCCCCAGCCCUCGAGCCCCAAGCUCCCUAACCUGCUCGCGCCCGACGCCUCAGUCCACUUGUGAGAGUGCGAACCAGCUGCGAAGCCUUUUAUACUGGAGCUGGGAGGGGGCGGAGACUCGGGACGGGACGCGACGUCACGGGAAACGCCACGCCCACCAACCGCCGGGGCAGCGAAGCCAAGAGGUCGGGUUCAGCCUCCUCGGUCCCGGGGCUGUCCUCAGGUGCUGGACGCCGGCUCGGGGAGCGCUCACAGCGACUUGGGACGCCGGCAGGGGCGUCCGGCCGGCCGCAGACCGCCACCCCAUCCUCGGAACGCUCCGAGCUUCGGCUUUGGAAACAGAACCCCGAGGGCCGGCGCCCCUCCCCCAGCCCGGCCGCGUGGGCCGCGGGUGUCAGCGCGCUUCGCGCCCCCGCAAAGUUCUCCCCUGUGCCCGCGACUUGACACCCGUGUCGCUGUGGGAGCGCCUGGCGUCACUGAACCGGCACGCGAGGCCGCGGCGGGCUGCCAGGAAGGGCUCGAGCUGCUGCUGCGCGUCCUUCCCGAGCUCGCUCCCGUCCAGUGUGAGCGCGGCGCAGACCGCGGCAGGUGAAAGGCCAGGGGUUAGAGUGUGGGGCGUUCCGAGCCCAGCACCCCUCCAAAAUGAGGCGACACCGACUCUCAGGCCCGGAUCCCCUCCAGGGACCAUGUGAGGCCCAGCUGGCCCCGGCCCAUCACCUUCCAGUGGCCCUCUGAGGGAGGGAGGUCAGACCCUGAACCUGGGACAGGCCGGCUGGUGCACUGGGAAGCCUUCAGCCCUCGGCUUGCGCUAAAGUCGGAACGCAAGGGCGCCAUCCUGUGGAAUUUCUCCGAGGUACAAAGGAGACGUUCUUUUGGAGUGGGAUUUCUGUUAAUAUGAGAUGAUCGAGAAUUAAGGAAGUUAAAAUUUAACCAAAGACCUUAGACAUAAAAAAAGAGGCAUUAUUUGAAUGCAGUCAUCCAGAUGCAUGUGAGGAAUCAAACUCAAGACCUUGUGCUUGCAAGGCAGGC